AUGGCCGCAGACGAACAAUUAAGAAAACUCCUCGCCGCCCAUGCCCCCAAAAGGACAACCACCGCCGCGCCUCCACAGCCCAUCGACGACGAGGGCGCGGCCGCCGCGGCGCGCGCGGAGCUGCGGCGCCAGCGGCCGGCGUCGCGGAGCGACGCGCCGGCGGAGACGCUCGAGAGCGCGCUGAGCCAGGGCUCGGCGCGCGCCUUGGCCGCCGCGCUGGCGCGCAUGCCCGCGAGCGGCGCGGCGACCGAGGCGCAGCGCGCCGACUGUAGAAAAUUAUUAGCCUUGCGGCCGCUGCCCUUGGAUCGGUACGCGGCGGCAUUGGCGGCGGCGGCCGAGCGCGAACGCGACGCCGCCUAUAGAAGGGCGCGCGCCCGAUUGCGCUUCGUCGACGGCGGCGAGGCGACCGGCCCGGACGAGUUCGACGCGACGCGCAUCGGCGCGCUGGCGGCCUGCUCCCAGCUCCGGGCGCCGCGCAAGCGCGACGUGGCCGCGGGCCGCGCGCGCUACUACUUCGAGGCGUCGCUCCGGUCGGCGGGCGCCGCGGGUACCUUAGGAUGGGGCCGCCACGAGGCCGACGGGUCCACCACGAUCGUCGCCGCCAUCACCUUUCGGGGCGGUAUUAGGGAAGCGAGCUGGUCCUCGGUCGAAGACGAUUACGGCGAGGACGUCGCUCUACUCAAUGAAGAAGACGAGCCGCCGGCGCCGCCGGCGCGGCGGCCGCGGCGCACGCCGGGCCAGCACCCUAAUUCGGUCCAGGCGCCGCCGCAGCGCGUCGCCGGCUGUCUCUAUGAUGCGCACUCGAACAGCGUGGCCUUUGCGCUCGACGGAGUCUGCGUGCGCGUGUGCCGCGUGCCGGGCGACGGCGGCCUCUUCCCGAUCUGUCGGGCAGACCCGAGCGCCGCGCCGUUAGAUGAUGAUGAUGAAGACGAGGAGCGCAAGGAGGCCGAGACGCGCGGCGUGCGGCUGAACGCGGGCGCGCAGUCUUUUAGUCGAGACCCCGAGGGGCUCGCGGCGUCGCUGCAAAAGGCCCUGCAACUCAAGGGCGAGCCGCGGCUGCGGUGUCGAGCCGCGCGGUCCGCGACGCGGGCGACGUUUCUCAGAGGGGCCGUCAAAGCGCAAGCGACGGACGUGGCGACGCUCGAGGUCGUGUGCCGCUUCGAUGAAAAGCCACCAGCACGCGUCUGCGUCGCGCGCGCGCCGGCCAUGAGUUUGUGGGUGGAAUUUGACGAAGACCGAGAACGGUGCGUCUGCGCGUUUUCCGGGUCAAGUGUCGCGUCGCCCUGGGUCCAGGCGCGCUUGGAGCGCUGGCGCCAUCUCGCCGUGAGCAUCGGCGACGACGGCCCGCCCUCGAUGUACGGCGACGGCGCGCUGCUCGACGCGGCGCCGUGCGAGUUUGAACAAAAUGAUAGUGACGACGUCGCCUUCGGCCUGCCCUGCGACGACACGGCAGACCAAUUCUGCGGCACUAUUUCAGAGUGCCGCGCGUGGUCUUCAUCUAGAACGCCGCGCGCCGUCUCGGCGCGGUGCGGCCGCGGCGCGUGCGCCGGCGACGAGCCGGACCUCAUAGGCUUGUGGCCCCUCGACGAGGGCGUGGGUGGCGAAGCGCGGAACUGCGCCGUCCGGGCGCCGUCACCACUCAAGGAGGCGUGCGCCGUGUCUUCCGAUGCAUGGGUGCAUGAUGGUGAUAACGACGACGACGUCGAGACCGUCAGUCUACCGCAAGGCGACCCCGACGUGCUGGAUCGGGAGGCCUUCCGGGACCCGGGCGACGACGACCCUGCGGAGCUGACGGACGCGCUGAUGGCUUGCGUGACAAGGGCUCGGGACGAAGAAGAGGCGUCGCUCCAAGUAUUAUCAAUAGCGGCCCACGCGCGCACCUUCCAGCUGGCCUCUGUUGCAUUGUGGGCCCAGCGCAGCGACGAGGACCAGGCUCGACGGUUGCGGGCGGACGCCGACGACGCGACGCGCUUGGUCGCGGGCCGGCCCCAGCUGCCGGCGGCGCUGCCGGCCUGCGCUUCUAUGUUAACGCGGAGCCUCGCUUCCGUAAAUGAGGUCUCGGCCGCCGCGGCGCUGUGCGCGGCGCGCUGGGCGCGCGCCGCCGCGGGGUGGCUACGAAGGUCGCGCGCAUCGACGCGCGAGGCGGCGUUACCUAAAGCCGUGCGCGAGGAGCUGGUAAGGGCGGCCGUGCGCGUCGCCGAGGGGGCCCUCGGCACUGAUGAUGAUAUAGUGAGAAGGCACGCGCGCGUCGAGUGCGCGCGCCUCGUCGCCGACCACGCCGAUCUGUUGUUUGACGCCGUCGAUGCAAGAAGGUCCUGCUUCGUGCGGUCGUUGGAGGACCACCCGGGCCUCCUGGCCGAGUUUCUUGGGAGGAGGUACGCGGCGAGCCCGCAAUUGUUGUCCGAGCUCGUGCCGCCGUCACUCCGGCCCGUGCGCUUGGGUAAGGCCCGGCGCCUCUGCACGAAGGCGGCGCAGGAUGCCAUUGAUGACGCCAAAGCAUUGACCGGGAAUGGCGUCGAGUACACGGACAGGGCGCCGUGCCGGCGAGGCGACGUUUGCAUUCUCACGACGCGGUCGCCGCGCGAGGCGCGGACGGUGGGCAUCGUGACGGACGUGGACGGCAACAAUAUAAAAGUAGAGUGGCGCGAGGGGCCCCGGAAGCGGCGGGCCGACCCGGUGCAAAAGUAUCCCAAUGGAGACGUGUUGUUACGAAGGUGCUCGGCGCGGCGGGUCCUGGGGCCCGCGCUCGUGGGCGACGACGACGCGCCGCGGUGCCCGUCGGCCCUCAAGAAGCGGGUCUUAGUGGAUGGCCUACGGCUCGUGGCGACGCGGAGCUGGCUCGCGCGGCGGCGCUUGUUGCUCGAGCCGCCCGACGCGCUGCCCGACGAGGCCAGCGGCGAGCCGCCGCCGGACCCGCGCGGCGACGUGGCGCGUUCGCGGACCUGCGACGACCUAAGAGCGCUCUACGAGGACGCGUGCGGCGAGUUCGGCUAUUGGCCGGCGACGCUCGACGACGCGACGGCGAACCAAGGCGAGGCCGAGGCGCGGUGCCUGACGUUGUUCGGGCGACUCAUAGAGCUGCUCGACGGCCACGCCUGGGCGCGGGACUUGUUUGACGCCAUGCUCGCCGAGGCCGGCGCCGACGACGAAGAAAUUGAUAGUGAGCGCUUCUGCGGCGCGCCGCGGGUGCUGAGCCGAGUGGCGCGCGACCUCAUGACUAUUCCAAAUCAAAAAGAGCGCGCCCUGUCCGCAUUAGCCGCGCUGGCGCGCUUCGACGCCGUGGACGGCGCCGCGGCCAAAGAGCUGCUCGCCGCGCUCAAGAACAAAGCGGACGGGCCCGCGGCGGUCGUGGCGCGCGUCGCCGGGCUGGCCCUCGCGGCGCUGGCGCGGCCGCCGCCCCUGGCCUUGCAGGGCGUCGAGCCCUGCGCCUUUGACGAAGGCACGGGCGAGGCGGCCGUUCCCGCGUUCGCCUCCGUCAAAGACAACUGCACGUCCGUCGCCGCGCCUCUCCUAAAUCUGGGCGGUGCCGUCCUCGAGCCGGCCGUCGAGGCACUCUGGCGCGCGAGCGUGAUGCUCGGAGGCGACCCGGCGGACGCGUUCGCGACGGCCGCGCCGGGCGUUCGCAUCUGGGCCAAGGGCCGCGCCGCGGAGCACGUCCUCGAGGCGAGCGCGGCCCACGUCGUCGCGGCGAGCGCCGCCCUGGCCACGCUCGCGGCACAAGCGGCGCCGGCCGUCGCGCUCCGCGAGGCGACGCGCGACGACGCCGCGGAGCGCUGCCUGGCCUUCCGCCGGCGCGCGGCGCGGCGCGCUUCUGCUGCAUCCAAUCGCCGCUGGGCCCUGCGCGCGGCCCUCGAGCUCUACGAGGCGCUGCCGCCCGCGGCGCGCGGCCCGCUCGCGCGCGAGAUCGCCCGCGCGCUCUGGCCGGGCUGCAACGCGGUGACGCCCCCGGACCGGGACGCCCUGGCCUACGCGCAGCGCGCGGUCGCCGCGGACGGGUCCUUCGCGGCGCUCUACGGCGCGCUGGGCGAGGACGCGCUCCGGGCCGCGCGCGCGGGCGACGACGUCGCGCCGCUCCUGUCCUGCUUCUCCGACGACACGCUGCCGCCAGAAACGGUGGAGACGCUCGUGAGCGUCGAGCGGGCGCUGCGGGACCGCGGGCGGCACGACGACGCGCGCGCGGCGCUCGAGACGCUCUUCAAGGUCCGGGCGCCGGCCGCGGCCCUCCUCGCCGCGGCGACGGCGCACGCGGCCAAGCUCCCCGAGUCGCACGCGGACCGCGCCUGCGCCGCGGUCUGCUUCGCCGUCGCGGACGCCGAGGGCGCCGCCUGGGCGCCGUUCUGCGCCGAGGUCGUCGCGCGGGCGCCGCCGCACGGCGACGCGCGCGCCGCCGGCUGGCGCCUCGCGGAGACGCUGCUGAAGCGGCCGGAGGCCGCGGGCGAUGCUAUUUGCGCCCUCGCGGCGCGCGCGCUCGAGGGCUGCCCGCGGCCGGGGCCCGCGCGCGCGGCGCGCGCGGCGCUCUGCCUCCCGGCGUCGGGCGCGGCGCCCCUCGCCGUCGCGACGCUGGCCGAGGGCGGCGCCAAGGCCACGGCCCUCCUCGAGGCGAUCGGUCUGACGACCUUUCUGGGCGUCGACGGCCACGCGGAGAACCUCGACGGCGUCGCGGACGACGUCGCGGCGGCGGUCUUCGAGCUCUUCGCGACGCGCUGCCUCGACAACUCCGACUCCGAAAGCGACGAGCGCGGCCGCGCCGCCGCCGCGGCCGCGGCCGUGGCGCUGGCCGUCGCGGGCGUCGCGUCGGACGCGGGCCGCGCGCGGCGCGCGCGGCUGCGCGAGACGCUCGCGCGCGAGGGCCGCGGCGCGGCGCUGCUGCGCCUGGCGGCCGCGCCGCUCGCGGGCGUGCCCGGCCUCGGGGCCCUCGCGCGCCUGAAGGACGCCGCGACCGACGCGCGGCCCGCGGAGACCGCCGACGCGGCGGCCGUCGAGCGCCUCGCGGAGAUGGGCUUCGACCGGGGCUGGUGCGAGACCGCCCUGCUCGACGCGCGCGGCGACGUCGACGCGGCUUUGGCGACGCUGCUUGGCCGCGCCGCGGACGCCGAGGCCGCGGCGGAGGCGCCCCCGGCGACCGACGACCCGUUCCCGCGCCACUACGCCUGCGAGCGCGCGGCGGUCGUCGUGCGGUCCGCGCCGCGGCGGACGGCCCCGGCCGUCGCGCGCCUCGUCGACCACGACGUCGUCGCCGUCGAGCAGCGCGGCGCGUGGCUGCGCGUGCGCGCGGCGCGGCGCGGCGGCGGCGCGGCGCCACCGCGCGACGCCCUCUACGCGGCGUUCCAGGGCGGCCGCGUGGCGCUGAGCACGGGGUCCGUCGCGUCGACGGACGACGACGCGCCCGCGGCGCCGGCGCUGCAUUUAUUGAGGCGGGGCCUCGACACACCGGCGACGCCCGCCGCGCUGAGCGCCGAGAACUUGAGAAGGCGCCUGCGCAGCGACGGCGUCGUCCUGGGCAGCGGCUUCACGCCGCCGGAGCAGCAGCGCGCGCCCUCGGAGGUGAGCGCCGCGCCGUCGGAGAUGACGGCGAACGUGAGCGACGUCGGCGAGCUGCUGCGCGGGUCGCGCCGCCAGGUCCGCGAGGUCACGGUCCAGGAGGAGCUCGACGACGACGACGACGACGGGGGCGACGACCAGGGGUCGCUCGUCGAGCCGGCCGGGUCUUUGAUCGAGGACGCGUCCGCGGCGCCGAGCGUCUCGGCCACGGAGACGGAGGACGCGACGCGGACGACGGCGAUCGACGCGUCCGUGGCGUCCUUCGAGCCGCCGGCGCGGCGCGCCGCGUCCAUCGCGUCGAGCUGGACGAACGCGCGCGCGUCGCUCGCGGGCGACGACGGCGUGUCGGACCGCAUCUCGGAGCAGCCCGAUCAGGAGGAGUCCGACGACGCGUCGCUCGACGACGAGGACGCGUCGCUGGUCGAACCGGCGCGCGCGCCGCGGCCGCCCGCCCAGGCCUCCGGCUGGGUCCUCGCGGCGGACCUCGCGCCCUUUUGCGUGCGGCCCCGCCGGGCGCGCCCGGCCCGGGGUCCCGCGCCCUACCCGGGCCUCGAGCGCGACGUCGGCGACGAGGCCUACCGCCGCGACGACCGCUUCUUCGGCGCGCGGCACGGCAGCUCGCCGCCAGACGCCGACGCCUGCGCGGACGGCGCUCGAAGUGGAUCAAGUCCGCUGGGCCGGACGCGGCGCGCGGCGCGCGCGGCGCCGGACGCGUGCUGGGCCGCGCUCUGGCGGCUGCGCGCGCGCGAGCUGCUCGUGGCUUUAGUGUCCGCGUGGGCGGCCGGCGACGAGGGCGUCGUCGAGGACGCGCGGCCGCUCGUCGCCUUAUUGAGCGAUGAGGAGGGCGUGCCGCGCGAGUUCGCGUCGUUUUUGGCGCUGGUCCUCUUCCGCGACUGGCGGCCGGCGUGGUGGCCGCGCGACGCGACGGCCAAGGCCUUGACGGGCCGGCCCGCGGCCGCGCCGCUGUCCUUUGAGCUGCGGGGCGCGCUGCUGCCGGCGCUGCUGCAGCGGCCGACGCGGCUGCUGCUGCGCCACGCGACGUUCGGGCCGCCGCUCGCCGCGGCGCUCGCGGACGUCUGUAGGCGGCACGUCGCGACGGACGCGGGCCCGAAGGCCGACGCGGACGCCUGCGCGGUGCUGUUUGGGGAGGAAGACGACCCGCUCGUCGUGAACGACGACGACGCCGUGAAGGGCGGCCGCCUCGCACUCGCGCAGUGGUGCUGCCGGACGCUCACGGAGGAGCCCACGGCGGCCCUCGACGGCGCCUUCGACGCCUUUUCGUCGCUCCUCGCGAGCGACGACCUGCGGCGCAAGCAGCACGCCUGCGCCGAGCUCGCGCGCGUGCUCGCGGCGCUGCAAGACCGCGGCGACGACGACAAAGCCUCAGAGCUCGCGCGGCGGCUGCCGCGGCGGCGCCUCGAGAAUUUAGCAAGGCGGCGGUGCCUGCGCGAGGCCGAGGACGCGCCGGUCCACUCGCGCGUCUGCCAGGCCUUCGUGGACCUCGCGGCGCGCGUGAGGGCGCUCUGCCCGGCCGACGGCGAACAUGACCGGGCGCGCUUCGCGCUCGAGCUGACGGGCGGCGAGGCGCGCGUCGAGGUGAACGCCGGCGACGUGCCGCCGCCCUGGACCGCGGAGUUCGUCUUGCGCCGCGACCGGCUCGACGACGCGGCCGAGCCGCCGAACGACGACUCCGACGAGGACGACGACGACGCCACGGACGGCGGCGCGACGUGGCUCGCGCCCGUCGUCCUCGCGGGGUCGCGCGCGGGCGCGGAGCUGCGCCUCCAGCACGGCGGCGCGGCCUUUGGCGACGGCGGGCCGGACGCGCCGGACGAGGCCGCGUGCGUCUCCGUCGACGGCCAGACCUUUGAAUAUAAAGUGCCCACGGAGAAGUGGGUUCACCUCGCCUUCGUCUGCCGCGAGCGGCGCGCGACGUCGACGGCGGCGCUCUGCCCGCGCGCGUUCGACUCUUACGAAGCGGCGCCGAAGCACGUCGUCGAGCUCUUCGCGGACGGCCGCCUCGUGGGCUGCGUCGCGAGCGCGGCGGCCCUGCCGCUGGGCGCGGUGGGGCUGGUCGAGGGCGCGGCGCCGUCCACAGAAAAGCGGCCGCGCGCGCCGCCCGCGCGGUCGCCGCGCGCGCGCGUCGCGCUCGCGCGCUACUGGUGCGUCGCGCGCACGGCGGCGGACGUGCGGCGGUCCUGCGAGCGCCAGGCGCCCCUGGGCGCCGCCCGCGGGUUGUUGGCGGCCUUUCGGUUGGCCUUUGACGACGCCGAGGACGCGGGCUGGCCCGCGACGCGCGCGCCGUCCGUCGUGGAGGACGCCACGGGGAAUCAUCGAAGCGUGAACCUCGCGGGGGGCGCGGUCUGGAUCAAGGCGCCGCGCGCGCCGCUCGAGCCCAUCUGCAAAGAAAGAGAGCCCUUUGACUUUUUGGAGGCGCGCGGCACGACGACGCGACGGGCCGUGACCGGCGUGCAGGCCGGCGUGCUAGCCCGGGACAAGAACGAGGCCUUUGUGUUGCGACUAAGACGCAAGGGCGCGCAGCAUUUGGAAGGGGAGGCCGAGUGGACGGAGCGCGGGCUCGUCUGCGCGGUCAAGGGCUCCGUGAAGGAGGACAAGUUCCGCGUGGUCGUCGGCGACGUGCUGCACGGCUCGUGCGGCGACGACUCCGACGACGACCCCGGGAGAGCCGACGACGAGCGCGCCUGCGACGGCUGCUGCGCGGUGUCGCCGCGCGACGCCGUUAUUUCCGGAGAGCGGACGGCGUUCGGCGAGUGGUCCGGUAGUGUGGAGUUCGAGGUCGACGCGGUGCAGAAGCACUAUGUGGACCAGGGUUUGUUGGACGAGGCGGCGCUGCCGAAGGGACUAGACGUGAGAGAAGUGGGCGGUGCGUUCGCGGACGCGAACGACGCACUCAGGACGCCGCGGCGCGCCCUGGUCGUGGCGGCCGCGAGCGGCGGGCGGUUCUGCGGCGUGGCGUCGGCGCCCGUCGCUUUUGAUGGAGAGAGCGACGAGGACGACGCGCCGGCGUGCGACGCGUCGCGGCUCAAGGACGACGACGCCGGCGUCAAGGCCGGCGACGCGUCGCUCGCCGCCGACGUCGCGGCCCGGGCCUGCGCGCGGAAGCUGUCGUCGUUAGAUCUGGACAAGCCCCAGGCGCCCAUCAAGGCCCAGGUCGACGCGGCGCUGGAGUUGGCAGACGCGGCGCGCGUCGCGCGCGCGAAAGCGCGGCGCCUGAAUAAGCCCGUGGCCGACGCGGCGACCUGCGCCGAGCGCGCGCGGCGGCGCGACGCGGGCCCGCCGCCGCGCGAGGUCUCGGCCAAGAAGCCGCCUCCCCAAAAGCCGCAAGACCCCGUGCCGCGCGGGUCGAGCGGCGGCCGCACGUCCACGAAGAUCGUGGAGAAGGCGCCCAACCUCGGCUCGGCCAAGCAGAACACGCGGAUUGUGGGCGAGCCGCCCGCGGGCACGCUGCACGUGCGGAUCCGCGACAACGUCGCCGCGCUCGGCGAGGAGACCUACUUUAAGGUGAAGUGGUCGACGCGCAUGGAGCGCGUCUUCCAGGCCUACGCCGUGCGCAAGCGCAGUUCGCUCGACACGCUGCGCUUCCGGCUCCCGGGCGCGGACCGCGACAUCGGCAUGGACGAGACGUCCACCAGUCUCGGUCUGGAGGAUUUGGCCUUAAUAGACUGCUUCGCCAAGGAGCCUGAGGAGCUCAUGAAGGAGGAGGAGCUCGCGCCCGCGCGCGCCGUCGAGGCCGCCGUCGACGCGGCGCUCGACGCGGCGCGCGCCGCGGCCGAGGCCGAGGCGCCGCCCUCACCACCGCGGCCGGGCCGGCCGCGGCCGCCCUCGUCCCCCAAGCAGGAGGCCGACGCGAAGGAGGCCCGGGACCUCGACCCGCCCUCGUCGUCGAAGAACGAGGUCGGGUCCUUCGGCGCGACGAGCGGCGUCUGGUGCUGGGAGUGGGAGGCGCGGCGCGUCGCUUCCGGUGACGUCGGCGUUGGUCUAGUGGCGGCGGGCCACGACGCGACCACGGCAUUGGGCGGAUCGAAGACGUCGCCGUGGUGCUACCGGUCGUGCGGCGCUCUGGCGGGCCGAGGCGAGGUGCGAAGCGCGCCGGCCUUCGGGGCGGGCGACGUGAUCGGCGUCGAGCUGCGGAUCGAGGGCGGCAGGGGCUCCGUGCGCUUCUACAAGAACGACGUCGAGGCCACGGCGCAGCAGGCCACGGAAGCGUCGCUGGCGACGCUGAAGAUCGCCGAGAUCCCGGAGGGGGGCCUGCGGCCGGCGUGUCAUGUGGGAGGCGCCGGCGACGCGCUCAUCUGGCGGGGCUGCAAGCGCGGGCGGUCCGCUCGGUCGUACGCGCCCGAGGGCUGCGAGGACUGCGACGGCGCGCGGUCCUACGAAGGUUCAUACGACGCGCGGACGGGCGCGCGCCACGGGCCUAGUGGUGUGGUCCGCUACCGGCGCUGCGCGGGCCGCUGGGUCGGCCCGUGGCGGCGCGACCGCAUGCACGGCGUGCAGCUCUGGGUCGAGCCGGCGCCGGCAUCCCAGGAGGCGUCGGCGUUUUGCGACGGCGACGAGAUCGUGGCGCCGGUCUUAUUCCUGGACGGGCGGCGCAUCCGCGCGUUGGACGACGAGGACGGCGCCGAGGCGAUGCGCUCCUACUUCGCGUCCAAGGCCCAGGCGCCGGAGGAGGCGGCCGCGGAGGAGCAACCGGCGCUGUCCGAGGAGGAAGACGACGAGGACUGCGGCGAGGACCAGCCGCCCUGGACCUUGCGUGUCGUUUACCGAGAAGGAGCCACCGCCAGGCGAGGCGUAGAAAUCGACGCGAGCGAUGUGGUCGGGCGCGUCGGCGCGGGCGAGGAGGUCGUGGCCCAUAAGCGCGCGGUGACGCAGGACGGCGUGCCGCGCUACCUGGUCAAGCUGCCCCGGUCGGGCGACGAGGAGGACAAGUCGGGCUGGAUCUCGGAACGAUUAAGAGGCGGCGCGCGCGACGCGGUCUGUGUGGUCCUAAGACACGUCGUGCGGGGCCGGCCGCUGCGCUAUCGGGUCGUGCGGCCGGGCGGCGCCAUGGUGCGCGCGACGCCUUCCUUAGAUGGCGCGGAGGUCGGUCUCGCUCCGGCCUGGACGGCGCUGAACGUGGCCGAGCGCGUCAGAUUGCCGGGCGGCACGACGCGGUUGCGGGUCGUGGCGCCGUCGCGCUGGGCGGGCUGGGCGUCCGAGAAGGAUCAUAUUGUCCGGCGCGAGCCGUCGCGCGCGGAGGUGGCGCGGGCCGCCCGCGCGCGCGAGGCGCGGCGGAGGCGGCGCGUGCGUAAAGCGCGGGAGGACGCCGACAAGGCACGCGUGACGCGGCUCGAAAGGAAGCGUAGGGCCAAGCGGCCGGCCGUCGAGUUGCCUCCCGUGAGGGCGACGUGGGCCUGCCGCGCGGAGACGCGCCACUUGCUGGAUCGAAGGGAGUGCGGCGCGGGCCUGAAGGUAAGCGAGGACCUGCUGACGGCGACGUGCACGGCGCCGCGGCGAGGCCGCGGCCUCGCGCUGGCGUCGACGCGCAUGCGGACGGGGCGGCAUUACUGGGAGGUCGCCGUCGAGCGCGCGACGUGGGGCUCCGUGUUUGUGGGCGUGGCGGCCGUCGGCGCGGGCCGCGGCCCGGCGGCGCCGCUCAAGGCGCCCGGCGCGGCCGCCGGCUGGGCGGGCGUGGGGUUCGUGAACUACCGGGCGACGCAGGCCUUCGGCGCCGAAGCUUUGUAUGGCUCGUACUACGGCCCCGGCGACGUCGUCGGCGUUUUAUUAGAUUGCGAUCGAGGCACUUUGUCUUUCGUGAAGGAUGGAGACGAUUUCAACGCGGGCCGGGCCGUCGUGGCCCAUUUAGGCACGGCCUACAGCGAUGUGUGGCGGCGGUUCGGGCGAAGUUGCCCUGGCGCUCGGGCCGGGCUCUACGCCUGUUUGGGCUUGAAGGGCGACGGCGACCGGCUGAGCCUGCGCGGCUCCAAGGCCUGGACCGACGGCAUGGACGUGCCGCCGCGAUUGGACGCGUUCCAACGGGCGGCGGGCGGCAUCGAAGCGCUACGCGCGUUCGCCGAAGCGCGGCGGUUUUCGACAGCGCUCCCGGACGCGUUCCGCGCGGCGGCCGCGGCCGCGACGGCGAAGUGGCGCGAGACCUUUGAUGGGGUGCAAGGGAAGCGGGUCCUCGCGCGGUCGCGCGCGCGCGUCGACGUCGCGCUCGACGCGUCGGAGGAGGCAUUCGCGAAAGCAUUGGACCGCGCGGGCCGGCCCGAAGCCCAGCUCAAGGCCGGGGACACGGUCGACGCGCCGCACGGCAACGGCGUCGUGCUCGGCUGCGACGCGCACCAUCGCGUCUGGGCGGCGGUGCCGGGCGUCGACGACGACAGGGCCUGGUACUGGACGCCCGAGGAGCUCGCGCGGCGACUCGACGACGGGUUGGUGGCGCCGGCCUCGGACUCGAGCGAGGACCUGGUGGCCUGGCCCGACGCGGGCGCGGAAGCGUGGCCGUGGUCGGCGCAGUGCGACGCGGAGCUCGUGGCAGUCGUCGACGGCGUGGCGGCGCGGCGGAACUGCGCGCCGGCGCUGGCGCCGCCGUCGCUCGUGGCCAAGGCGCUGGCCUUCGACGCCGACCACAGGUGCGGCCGCGUCGGCGCGUUGCGGGGCUGCCCGGCGCCCGUCGUCGCGGCGCGGCUGGGCGAGCUGCUCCACCUCGAUGCGAGCGUUUCGACGGUAUUGCCGUUCCUCGAUUUGUCGAGCGGCGACGCCGCGGCCGCGGACUUUGAAAAGGGCGGGUCGCACUACGCGGCGGCCGACGGCGGCGGCGGCUUGAGCGGCACGGGGCCGGAUUCGUGGUGGGCCGGCCUCGUGCCGCAGCACACGGCGUAUGAUGCGGAAGUCGCCCAAGAGACGCCCGCUCUGUCGGCCCUCCUCGCGCCGGCUUCAAAAAGUGUGGGCGGUCGAGCCUACGUGAAGUGCCGGGACGCCGUCUUCGACGCGACGAAGCGCAAGUACUGGCGCGACGUGCUCGAGGCCACGACGACGCAUACGCCGCCGCCGCCCGACGAGUACGACCGGCCCGAGGAGCUGCGGGAGUUUGUUGUGGAUCGGUUGAGGGCGACGAAAGCCCCACUGACCGACGACGACGACGGCGACGAGGCGGCGCGCCUGGCGAGGCGCGAACACCCGACAGUCUUCGGCCAGCUGCGGAAUCAACUGCGGGGCGUGCGGCCGGCGCAGCUGCGCCGGGCCUUUGUGCACAUGCAGGACGGGGGGCAACCUAGAGCCUUUUACGUCAAGUUCGUCGGCGAGGGCGUCGACGACCACGGCGGGCCGUACCGGGCGACCUUCCAGGCGGCUUUGGCGGACGAGCCGGUGCGGAGCUUGCAACUUGUUACGGAAGGAGGCGCGUUGAACUCGUCGGGGAGUUGUCCGGAGGCCUGGUUCCACCAUUUAGGGAGGUUACUAGGCGUCGCGGGCCGGCACCGCGUGCCGGUGGCGCUGGAGCUCGGCGCGUCGGUCUGGGCGCCGUUAUCCGGCGAGCCGCUGUCAAAAACCUUCGCGGCGGACGCCGACGGCGCGAUCGGCUGCGCGCUCGAGGAGUGCUACGGCUCGAAGCCGAGCGUCGACGCGGUCGAGCGCCUGGCGGAUGUCGUUGGGCCCAUGGACGACCCUAACACCUUGGCGCUGCACGCCUCGCAGACGCUAGCGGCGCGCCAGCGGCCGAGCCUCGCGCGGCUCGCGCGCGGCGCGGGCGCGGCCCUGCCGAACGAGCUCUUCGCGCUCUUCGGCCCGAAGCGCCUCAAGGACGUCGUCUGCGGCGAGGCGCGCGUCGACCUCCAGGACCUCCAGGCGCGCGCGACCUACGAGGGCGGCGUCUGCGCCGACGACGCGCACGUCGAGAAGCUGUGGGACGCGCUCGCGACCUUCGACGCCGACGAGCUCGCGGGCUUCGUCGAGUUCUGCUCCGGGUCGGCGCGGCCGCCGCGCCGCGACGCGCCGCGAUCCACUAGAGCUCUGAAGAUCACGGCGCCGCCGCCGGGCGCCGAGCGCGAGCCCGACGCGUACUUCCCGCUCUCGCAGACGUGCUUCUUCUCGCUGGCGCUGCCGCGCUACUCGUCCGUCGACAUCUGCGCCGAGAAGCUGCGGUACGCCAUCACGCACGCGCACCUCAUGGACGCUGACUUCCUCCUGCGACAGGCGGACGGCUGGGAGGCCAUGUCGCCCUGA